AUGUGGCUGGCCUUUCUCCACCCGCUUCCGAUCCAUCGCACCCCCUCCAGCGCACCCCUUCUCCUUCGGCGCAGCGCUCUCCCCACGCAUUAUCGCGCCCCCCCACUCUACCGCCGCCCGCUCCGCACCUGCAUCACCUCUGCCAUGUCGACCUACAAGUACGUCGUGGUGGGCGCGGGCAACGCCGCUGGCUACGCCGCUGCCCAGUUUGUCAACUCGGGCGAGUCGGACGUCUGCCUGAUCGGCGAGGAGCCCGUCGCGCCGUACGAGCGCCCCGCCCUCUCCAAGGCCGUCCUCAUGAAGGCCGCCGUCCGCCUCCCGGGCUUCCACACCUGCGUCGGCGGCGGCGGCGACCGCCAGGCACCGGAGUGGUACGCCGAGAAGGGCGUCAAGCUCAUGCUGGGGAGCAAGGUCUCCGCCGUCGAUGUCGCCGAGAAGAUCGCCACCUUGGAGGACGGCUCCACCGUGCAGGCGAGUGAGGCUAUGAUUUUGGCCACCGGCGCAGCCCCGAUCCAGCUCAGUAAGACCCCUGGUCAUGACCUCAAGGGUGUACAUUACCUCAGGGACAACUCCGAUGCCCUCGAGUUGUACGACGCGCUCCAGGCCAACAUUGGCAAGACCGUCAUCGUGGUCGGUGGUGGCUACAUCGGAAUGGAGGUCGCGGCCGCCGCACUCACGGUCGGUUGCAAGGUCACUAUGGUCUUCCCGGAAGAGCAUAUCAUGCCGAGGCUCUUCACCGCGGACAUAGCCAAGCAUUAUGAGAAGGCGUACAUCGACAAGGGUGCCACGCUUGUGAAAAACGGACGCCUGUGCAAGGCCUUUUUGGGCGAUGACGAGGGCAAGAUCCGCGGUGUCAUGACCUGCCAAGGUGGUGGCAAUGAGGAGGAGAUUGAAGGCUCCCUGGUUGUCGUGGGAGUUGGCGCUCGUGUCAACACCGACAUGUUCAAGGACAAGCUCAACAUGGAUGAGCGUGGCGGCAUCAUUGUCGACGGCAACCUCGAGACGUCAGCGAAGGGCGUGCAUGCGAUUGGCGAUAUCGCCACGUUCCCGCUCAAGAUGUACAACGACCGUCCGGCCCGCAUGGAGCACGUACAGAACGCCAGAGAGACAGGCAGACAUGCUGUCGACGCUAUACUGAAGAAGGCGGCCGGGCCGUACGACUAUCUGCCUUACUUUUACUCGCGCGUCUUCGACUUGUCCUGGAAGUUUUAUGGUGAUUCGGCUGGCGACUGCUACGUUGUCGGCGACUUUGCGCCGAAGCUGCUUGCUGUCUGGGUUACCGAUGGUAACGUGAAUGGCAUCUUCAUGGAAGCGGCUUCCGACGAGGAGACAGAAGAAAUGAAGAAGGUGGCGCGUGAGGGUUGCAAGGUUGAUGUGGCAGCGUUCCAGAAGUGCUCGUCAACAGAUGAGGCAUGGGCCCUUCUGAAGUGAACGUUUGUGACAGUGGCCAAACUAUGAGUUUUAUAGAUGCCAUGUACGUACCCUUGGGUAGUGUGUAUGUUGUUCGAAUGGUUGACCGGAUAUCGUCACAAUAAAAAAAUCUUUUUGCCA